AUUAAAGAAAUUAACACUUUUAAACAUAAACACAACUACCUUUAGCCCUAAAAAUCAUUUCUUUUUCCCAUAUAUCCCCCCUUUAUAAAGAUCAUAUCUUUCCAGUUUCCACCUGUGUACUCAUUCCUUCGCAACUCACAACUAUACAAUACACAUACUAUAAAAAACCUCACCAUCUCCCAUUUCCAUGUCCAAAAUCUCAAGAUUCUUGAUCAAGAUCAAAACUUUACAAAGAUUUCACAACCCCUUUUCCAAAUAGAUCAAAACCCAAUUUCCAUUAUGAUCUUCAUCACUCAACACUCUUGAAAGUUGAAACCCAGAUCACUCAAAUCCGGAAUCUUGCCCAAAAAAAAACACUUUUUUUGUUUGAAAAUGGAGAAGGUUGGAGUUCCGGAGAAGACUGUAAUAACCGUGUUAGCUGAGGGGAAAAAGCUCGCGAAUGAGCUGAAGAGGAAGCUCGACCCCUCCACAACUUCAACAGAGGCAUGCGAUGCUUUGGUGGAUAGCAUUCUCUCUGCCUACGAUAAUGCAAUUAAGCUUCUUGCUCUGAUCGGAGACGGCGCCUCUCCCACAAGUGACGAAGGCUCUCAUCACAAUUCUAAGAAAAGGAAGACUAUGCCGAGAUGGAGUGAGCACGUGCGGAUUUGUUCUGGGGAAAGGGGUGAAGCCCAGCUUGAUGAUGGCUAUAAUUGGAGGAAAUAUGGGCAGAAAGAUAUUUUGGGGGCUAAUCAUCCAAGGGCGUAUUAUAGAUGUACGCAUCGCAACACGCAAGGAUGCUUGGCCACGAAGCAGGUGCAACGAGCAGACAAGGACGCGACAGUGUUUGAGGUCAUAUACCGAGGGAAGCACAGCUGCAGGCAGGAGAGGCUGAGGCAGCACAAAGAAAGGAAGGAGCAAGAGAGCCUAACGUGUAGCAAUGUGUUGAGCCUCGUUAAAACUGAGAACCGGGAUCUAAAUGAUUCCAAAGAGGAGGAGGAUCUUCCAACUUUCUCAUUCCCUUCCACUCCAAUUGAGUGUGAAAAUGUGGAGCCUCAGUUCUUCUCAGAGCCUAGUAGGUUAAUCACAGCGACCUACUCGCCCUCGUUCCUGUCGCCAGCAACCUCCGAGUCCUACUUCUCGCCAUCGCCAUGCCUUGUGAAUGAUUUUGACAUUGGCCAAAGCUUGGAGUCUGAUUUUGGUGAGAUAAUCUCAAAUCUAACACCAAUCACAGACUUCUCGUUAGGAGAUUUCGAUAUCUCCAUUGAUGAAGUGGAUUUCGAAUCUCACCUCCUCGAUGCCAUCGAAUUCUCCUAGAGAUCUCACAGUGUAGUUGAUAUUGUAUCAUAUCGAAUUCUAAACCCUUUAGCCAGCAUCUUAUAAAAUCUAAGUUGUUGAUGGUAGAAAGAGAUGAUGCUGACCAAGAGAUUUUUAUUUUCAAGAACUAGAUAGAUUUGCAAGAGUUACUUGUAAUCACUCUUUUUUCUUGUUUUCACUCUCAAGUUGGCCAUUUUGAUUUUUUCUUACAAGUGUAGUAGGUUUGAGCCUAGUGUUGCUGAUAUAGCAUGAAUUAAGAUUCAUGAUUUGUAUCUUUAAAUUUAGAGAAGGUUGCACUUUUUGAAA